UGCAAAUCAAUAGCGGAAUGAAGAUAUAGGUUCAAUUUAUCUUAACCCGAUACCCAUAUAAUUGUUUGAGUAAACAGGUUUGGAAGUUAUCAAUUACUACGCAAAAUUGGAGUUAAAUGGAGGUUGUUGCUUUAUUGAUAAGAGUAAGUGUUAAAUGCGAGUUAUAUACUGUUUGUGAACAUCAUGGCAAACCACAAGGACACGCCUGAUAUUGUGGAGUGUAUGAGCUUGUCUGAGUCUGCGGGCGGCGGGCGGUGAUGGAGGUGCUAACGGUGCCCGCGUCCAUGCAGCCACGGACGGAGGGCACCCAGUUCAUCAUCCGCACCUUCCCAAGUGAUUCCCUGGGGCUGGCACCUGAGUUCUGUCGCAGCCCACUCUGUCAGGCCAUCUGUGAGAAGGACCCGUACCGGACGUUACGUUACAUUAAACGUGGGGAGAACAUUAACGUCACGUGCAGCAAAACCGGAAAUACGCUUUUGCACGUGAUUAUGGUCGAAGCUAGUCCAAUUUCCGAAACUCAAUAUGUACCUAUUGUGUAUCAGCUUUCAAACGCGGAUGUGAAGUUCGAUGUCAAAAACAAUGAUGGUGUUUCACCACUACAGCUUGCAAUCAAAAUGCAUUUAUUAGAACUCAUGGUGUCGCUCAUCAAAUGCGGUGCCACAUGUGACCUUGAACCUGACCUUGAGCUAAUCACCGCCUGUAGCGGCCCAUUGGAGUAUGAGUUCAAGGCUGCGUACCGGAAGUUCGCGCCAGGCUACUGGGAUCCGGUGGAGGAGAACAAGGCGUUCAAGGUGAACGUGCUCGUCAAGUCGUGGAGCAGGAUAAACGUGCAGAGGGACGGGAAAACGCUCAUUGAGUUCGCUAAAGAAAAAGGUGCACAAGAAAAAAUAGUGAGACAGUUGAAUGACAAUGAAGUAUCCAUAGAAUUUGCCCACGCGACUAUAGCAGGUGACGGGGAGAGAAUGGAGCACAUGCUUCACUAUUCCGUUGACAUGGAGACCAUGGACCACUCACACCGGGAGAACUAUUUUGAGCCAUACUGCCCGAUGACGUUGUAUGGCGCCGCCAUCAAGUACGGCCACCGCCACGUCCUGCGUCUUCUUAAGAACGCUGACAGCGUGGCCGUGAGACCCGGGCAAGGGACCAGGGAUCAGCCUCUUGGAUCACAGUCCUCAGUCUGCACUAUAUUGUGAUAUGCGUCCAGGAUAGAAUAUUAAUGUGGUAAAAUGCAAAACCACAUUUGGUAUGCAAUAGAAAUACACUGGCGACAGCGAUAGAAUUCCUCAAACGUUCAACAGUCUUUCAAAAACAUUUGAUGUACGUGUUUUCACGUUAUUCAAUAAAGGUCAUACUCUGACCAUGCUCUCAUAUCAUUUGAUUUUACACAAUGUUUGAUUGACACCAGGGUAAUUCUUGUUGUAUGGUUUCGUGUUUGUACACCGGUGUAAUUCUUGUUGUAUGGUUUCAUGAAUGUACACCAGGGUAAUUCUUGUUGUAUGGUUUGGUGAAUGUACACCAGGGUAAUUCUUGUUGUAUGGUUUGGUGAAUGUACACCAGGGUAAUUCUUGUUGUAUGGUUUGGUGAAUGUACACCAGGGUAGUUCUUGUUGUAUGGUUUGGUGAAUGUACACCAGGGUAAUUCUUGUUGUAUGGUUUGGUGAAUGUACACCAGGGUAAUUCUUGUUGUAUGGUUUGGUGAAUGUACACCAGGGUAAUUCUUGUUGUAUGGUUUGGUGAAUGUACACCAGGGUAGUUCUUGCUGUAUGGUUUGGUGAAUGUACACCAGGGUAAUUCUUGUUGUAUGGUUUGGUGAAUGUACACCAGGGUAAUUCUUGUUGUAUGGUUUGGUGAAUGUACACCAGGGUAAUUCUUGUUGUAUGGUUUGGUGAAUGUACACCAGGGUAAUUCUUGUUGUAUGGUUUGGUGAAUGUACACCAGGGUAAUUCUUGUUGUAUGGUUUCAUGAAUGUACACCAGGGUAAUUCUUGUUGUAUGGUUGCGUGAAUGUUUAUCACCGUUUUAACUGUGUACACUCACUCUCAUUUGUAUUAAGUAUGAUUAUUUGAUUUUGAAGCACUGCUGUGAUACUUAUAACGUUCAUGUUAUAAA